UAUCAAUCAUCCCGACGCCCACGGUUUUCAGAAACCCAUCUCGAAGUUUCGAGCUUUCCCCAUUCUUCAAUAAUCCUAUAAUAAGAACACCACCCACAAAUAGUAACUUCAAAUCAGAACUUUUAAACCUCUGACUUACGUUUAUUCACAUGGAAUCUGCUAUUUCAAUUGGCUCUGGGGCUCCUCCCACUUCAGUUUCAGUGCCGGUGGCUCCCAAUGCCUCAAGCGGCACGCUCGGCAGUCACCUCGCUCGGCGGCUCGUCGAGAUUGGAGUCAGUGAUGUGUUCUCUGUUCCUGGGGAUUUCAACUUGACCCUUUUGGAUCACUUGAUCUCCGAGCCCCAACUCAACUUGAUCGGUUGCUGUAACGAGCUCAACGCCGGCUACGCCGCCGAUGGCUAUGCUCGAGCCAAGGGCGUGGGUGCCUGUGUUGUCACUUUCACUGUUGGUGGGCUUAGCGUGUUGAACGCUAUUGCUGGUGCUUACAGUGAGAAUUUGCCUGUGAUUUGCAUUGUGGGUGGCCCAAAUUCCAACGAUUACGGCACUAACAGGAUCUUGCAUCAUACAAUUGGCCUUCCUGAUUUCACCCAAGAGCUUCGAUGUUUUCAAACAGUCACCUGUUACCAGGCAAUUGUGAAUGAUUUGGACGACGCGCACGAGUUGAUAGACACUGCGAUUUCAACUGCUUUAAAGGAGAGCAAACCUGUUUAUAUCAGCAUAAGUUGCAAUCUUCCUGGAAUCUCUCAUCCAACUUUUGCUAGAGAUCCUGUUCCCUUCUUUCUUGCUCCAAAAAUAAGCAACCAAUGGGGGUUGGACGCAGCAGUUGAAGCAACUGCAAAUUUUCUGAACAAUGCAGUGAAGCCAGUGAUUGUGGGGGGUCCCAAGCUAAGAGUGGCAAAGGCACAACGGGCCUUUGUCGAGCUCGCGGAUGCAAGCGGAUAUCCGAUUGCGGUUAUGCCGUCUGGGAAAGGGCUGGUGCCAGAGCACCAUCCACAGUUUAUAGGGACGUAUUGGGGUGCUGUGAGCACCAGUUUCUGUGGGGAGAUAGUUGAAUCAGCUGAUGCUUAUGUCUUUGUUGGGCCUAUUUUCAAUGAUUACAGCUCUGUUGGGUACUCUUUGCUUGUCAAAAAAGAGAAAGCUGUGAUGGUGAAUGUGAACCGUGUGACCAUCGGCAAUGGCCCAUCCUUUGGCUGGGUUUUCAUGGCUGAUUUUCUAACUGCAUUGGCCAAAAGAUUGAAGAAAAACCCCACUGCUCUUGAGAAUCAUCACCGAAUAUAUGUCCCUCCUGGUAUGCCUCUCAACUGUGCAAAGGACGAACCUUUACGAGUCAAUGUUCUCUUCAAACAUGUUCAGCAAAUGUUGUCCGGUGACACUGCGGUAAUUGCUGAAACUGGUGAUUCAUGGUUCAACUGUCAGAAGCUUCGUCUUCCUGAAAAUUGCGGCUAUGAAUUCCAAAUGCAAUAUGGAUCUAUUGGAUGGUCAGUUGGAGCCACUUUGGGAUAUGCUCAGGCCACUAAAGAUAAGCGUAUAAUUGCCUGUAUUGGUGAUGGGAGUUUCCAGGUUACGGCACAAGAUAUUUCAACAAUGAUUAGAUGUGGGCAAAAGACAAUCAUCUUCCUCAUCAACAAUGGCGGAUAUACGAUUGAAGUAGAGAUUCAUGAUGGUCCAUACAAUGUUAUCAAGAACUGGAAUUAUACUGGAUUGGUCGAUGCCAUCCACAAUGGUGAAGGAAAAUGUUGGACUGCCAAGGUACGAACAGAGCAAGAACUAAUAGAAGCAAUUGCGACAGCGAACGAUGAGCACAAAGAAUCUUUGUGUUUCAUCGAAGUUUUGGUGCACAAAGAUGACACGAGUAAAGAGCUACUAGAAUGGGGCUCUCGUGUAGCUUCUGCCAACGGUCGCCCUCCAAAUCCUCAGUAACUGCCUGUUGAGUAACAUCAAAUGGUGAAUAAAGAGAAUAAAAAUAGCAGAGUUUUUCAUUCAUUGUAUGUUGCAUGUUCAAAAGGAAAGCCUGCUCUGUUCUUUGGUUUUGUUGUAAAUGCUUGGGUUAUGGGUUUCAGUGACAUUUUACACCGUCCAAUCAAUUAAAUAUUUUAUGUUUAACUAUCAA